AUGUUGUCUCUUGGGUCCAUCCUUGUAACAUUUCGAGAACAAGAGCUCAACAUACAAAUUCCUGCGUUUUGUUGCAAUAUCUCAGAUGACGAUGGGGAAAGGAAGAAAAUGAUAAAAGGUUUUCUUAUAAGGGCACAAUUUGAGGUAAGUGAAUAUUUUGAAGGAAUAUUAACUAUUGAUAGGUCGUAUUCUAAGUGCAGUGGCAGAUCCAUGUGGAGAGACAGAGGGUUCCACACCAAAAACCACUUUUCAAAUGAUUUUACAGAUUAAAGAAUGUAAGUAAAUACUACUUUCUCUCCGUAAACAUGAUCAAAUGGAUGUCAUGGCAGUGUCGCGAAGCAAGAACGCCACAUGAGAAUUCAUGACGGAAAAAAUGCUAUGCUUUUAAUCCUUUAGUUUCAAAUGAACAUGUUUCCUAAGACUCUUUUGGCUUAAUCACUCGGUAAAUUAACAGGGAAAAUAACGAAACCUGCUUUAACAUAUUGAGGCGAAUCGUGAUUCGCCUUUCUUGCUGGAACAUGAAGUAUCGAAACUUUAUCUUGAAGAUUUAAAACCUUUUUAUAAGCGUUUUCUCUUUGCACUCAAUCCCUCUGUGUACUAGUCUACAUGUACAUCCAUUGAAUGAAGAUAUCGCUGAAGCUAACAGUAUUGGCACUUUUUUAUAUGCCCGCUUCUUCUAGAGAUGGUAGGAUAAGUCGCUUUCGAUGUUUCCUUUUCCGUUAUGUUGAAGUUGAAACCAUUAAAUUAGUGCGUUCCCCACUAAAAUGUGACAGCAAAUUUCUCUCUGUAUGUUAAUAUUGCCGUUUUCCUCCCGCUUGUGGAAAGUAAUGCUUACAGGAAAGCAAUAUGCUAAGAGUGUUGACUGUAGAUUGCUUCGUCUCGUCUCACAGAAACAUCAACUGGAUAGUUGCUGGCGAGCCUUAUGCGAGCCAGCAGACUAUUCUCUAAAAAACGUCGGAUAUAAGGUAGGAAGCAUGCGCAGUCCAUACCAGGUUUUCUUAUUAUCCGGGAUAUUCACUCCUGUGCGAUAGCAUCACGUUAAACGCACAUGGACGAGAUCGAGAGAUUUCGAGAAAAUUUCCUGAGAGUAAGCAGAUCAUAAUUGAGGUGAGCGUUUAGAAAUCUUUUAUUUUUCUUUUUUAGAAGUCUUAAUUUGCUUGUGAACGUAUUCAUCAAGUUCUCGAUUCAGAGCGUUUUAGUGAUGAAUUUCGAGGAAGAGGGGAGAUUUAUAUGUGGCUGACUGCAUUACUUGCGUAUUUGUGAAUAAAUGGAGGUCCGAAGAUGUCGAUCAAAUCCUCCUUCAUGGAGAUAGUUUUUUCUCUGUAUAUUCAGCAGAAGUUAUGUAUCAGGCAAAACUUCUUUUGUUCGGAGUAAACUAGAAGAGGUAAUGAAAUACCAUACAGAACAAAGCUAAAACUUAAUUUACUUUGCGGGUCUUGAGAAAAAGAAAGUUACCGCUAUAAAGUUGUAGCCUGAAUUUCCGACGAUUACUUCGAGUCGUUUUUAUUUCCUCAGUUUCAAAAGUUGACCCUGCUGUCACUAGUUUCAUCAUUAAAAAGGGUAGAAUGACAAUAAUUUUCGGAAUUAUCCGGUUAUACCAAACAAGUCACGCCAUUAGAUUGUCAUGUUAUAUUUUUGGAGGCAGAUCAAGGAUCAUCAAGGGAUUAGGGGAGUGCAUUGUGGAAAUGUCCCAGUUAAAACUAAUGCUAAUCUUUUCUUGUUUCGAAAUAGUAACUUGCUUGUGAAAGUCACGGUUAUACAGCCCCGACUUAAAAAUGCAGGGGAAAAUAAUACCUAUCUUUCCAAGCCCAGGGAGUUGAACACCAAAGGUUUAUCCGUAAUUUUAAAAGAUAUGGUAGAAAUUGAGCGGCCUGUUCUCAGACACGUAUCCCUAUUCUCGGACGAUCGUUCGUCGAUGAUUAAUCCUGUUCAUCAUGUUAAUAUACGUCUUGUUGAAGAAAAACGAAGUAAUAUUAAUAGUAAACAAUCUCUUUUCCCGACUUAAAAAGGAUUUUAAAGUCAGUUUUAGUGAUUCCAUCCUCGUGUAUUAGUCGCAGACAAACAAGCGAUGUUAAAAAUAUUUUGCCCUUUAUGUAAGUUAAUUCCAACUGCUCGCUGGGAAAAAUAAUUUUCUUCGCUCUUCUUUUAUGAAACUGUUGUUGGACUUAAAAAAUGUGUUUGGCUUUCGCGCUGUCCGACAAUAGUUAUACCUCACAAAAAUAUACCACGUUUUUCCCGUGUUCUUUCUCGAAUUUGUGAAACAGUUAACUCUUAAUUCUUACUUGGAAGCAAACCUUGUUCCAUUUUGAGUAUAGGCGAGAACAGGGUGGAAACUGAAACGAUCUAAUUCGAUGUGCAUCGAAAUACGAACUUAAUUUGACAGAAACACAUUUUUACCUACCUUUACUGACAAGAUCGAUCUUCAAAUUUUCUCCCCUAGACCCAACGACGACCAAAAGGAGUUAGCGCAAUUAGAAUAACCAAUCACUCAACGGAGCCUAUCUCUGGGUUUUUAGUUGUUACAGUCCAGCAAGAAAUACAACGAUUACGAAACAUUUAUGCGUACUGUCCGAGAAUUGGUGCGUUCGAGAGAUAGGCACACAUACCGUUAUGUUGGCAUUGCCGCUUCCAUAGCAACAGAAUAACGAUGACAUGAAAUCAUAAAUUGCCGGGAAUUUUCUCAAAAACUAGCAACAAUCUGUUAAAAUCCCCUAGUAUGAGAAUAAUUCAGACCGUUGUCUUUACCUUGGCAAGAUUUGACUGAAGAAAAAAUCGAUGACAGCGUUUUUGAAAUAUAACUUUCUAAAAAUUUUUCAUCCCCAAAGAUGUCUUUUUCACUUUUGUUUUUCAAUCCUCCGGCUAUAAAAUGAUGAUUUACAGUGCCGGUACAAUCCAGAUUUAUAUUCUUAGCUUAAGGUGCGGUUCAGUUCUUUCAUGUAGUGAAAACAGUUGGCAAGCAAUCGCUCUUUCCUCUUUGCGAUCACGUUCUUACUCAUAAGAUAAUUUUGCUCAUGCAACCGUAAAAAGUUGUAAUCUUUGGUUUUAAAGUCGCAGUUUAAAAAAUUACUCAAUAUAUGUUUUUUAACCGGUUCUUUGAGAGUUUAAUGAUUGCUUAACAUUUGGUGAAAUUUCAAAGCCAUUGAAAUUUUUGAAAUUACAUCGAAUAUAUUCAUGUUGAAUCUUUGCUCCUGGCUUCAUAAAAGCCAUUGUUUACUAGUUUCCUCGUUUAGCGUUAUGACCGGUUAUGUCUCUCGCUAGUUAGUUUCCGCAUAUAAAUUUGCAGGCUCGGAGCAUGCGGGAACACGGAACACUGUUUCUUUCACACUCCGAAUGGUUGUUUUUCUUUAAGUUGUCAGUUGGUAUGUAGAUAUCUGUCUCUUACACUGAACCUUCACCAAAAAUUGUUUGUAUCAUCUCUUUAUCUUUCUUCUAUGCUGGAGGGUGGCACGACUAAGAGACAUGCACGUAUUGGAAAGUGUCUAUUGGUUUGAAUUGUGUACGCAGAUUUGCGAUUAAUUCUUUUUUUCAGUCUUUCUCCUCUGUGUUUUCUGUUUCUGAGACUUCAAUAAUAAUUAUGGUCGCGUGGUAACUCUCGGCGAGGGGGGAGGGGGGGGAGGGAGGCGGGUACUCAACAAAUGCCCUUUAAGUACCAUUUUUUCACGAAAAAGGUACCCAGUUUCGUAUACCCUCUAUUGACAAAUGGUACCCCUUUCACAUAUACCUUGUUUAGAACUUUGCAGUUUUAAGAACCAGAAUUGAGAAAUGUACUACUUUGUAACAGCGUUUUAUGACCCUUGGAACGGAAUUUCCGGUUAGGUCAAAUUAGUCACGUUAUACUUUAACACUUUAUGUUUGGGGGGCGAAAGAAUUGGGAGAGGGGUUCGUGCCCAGGGGGGUACUCGAUAUAUCCCUGGGUGGGGAGGUGCGGCGCGGCCCCUCAUACCCUGACCCUGUUUAAGACAAAUAUCGCUGAUUUUCCUACCCUGUUUAAGUCAGAAUUCCGAUUUUUGAUACCCUGUUUAAGACAAAAAUUGAUAAAUCGAUACCCUGAUUAAGACAACAAAUGAUAAAUUCGAUACCCUGUUUAAGACAAAAAUCCCGAAAAACAUACCGUGGCUGGCCGUACGUCCCCAUUAAGCCCUUGUAAGGGAGUACCCCCCCCGUGCGUGAAAAUAACCCCUAUUGUUUCCUGCUUAGAAUGGCUAACUUGCUUGGAAUUUGAGUUACUAUACAGCCCCGACUCAAAAAAGGUACUCAUUUUUCUUGUUACGAAAGUCUUCCAAAACGGUACAAUGUUCAAUGAGUUUACGUUUAACUCUCGCAUAUGAUGCUAUGUCACGCAAUGGUCAGCGACAAGGUUAUGUAGGGGCCUAAAUGUGUACAGCCACCCCUCCCCCAGGAAAAAUCGCGCUUGGCAGCCCAGUUAAAAUCGCCUUUCGGCGAUUCUUGUUUAUCUAUUAGUUCUGGAUAAACAGAUUGAUUCCAGAUGUCUACAUGCUGUCUUCAGCAAUAACCAUACCCUAGAGAUGUAAAGGGGCAGAUCAUACAAUAGAGCUUUUAAGAAUACUGCACUUUGAUCCCCCAAGGGGCAGGGCUGAAAGAAUUUAGUUAGGGAUUAAGAAAAAAAUGUUCAAAUGCGCCUUUAGAGCCGGCUACAGGGAAAUGGUUUUGUUGUCCUCUCUCUUCUUUAACUUGAAAGAGCUGUAAAGCACAUGUAUUUUUUUUGUUUGCUCUACAGUUGCAGGAUCUGGCUGAUAGCCCUACCAUUCGAAAUCCAUCACUGAAUACAGCUGAGUGUGUUAUACAGGGUCAUAAACCUGACUUUGCAACAGGACGAAGUCAUUACGUCAGAGCAAUGUUAUGGUUGUCUAUGUGUUUUGUAAUAUUUAGUGGCCCUUUGUUGGCUAAAAAUAUAAGAGAUAUAGAAGACUUAAGUUUAGGACAUAGCAAUUCUGAGAAGAAAAACAAAUUUGAAGCUGUGUGUUUUUCUUUUUAUUUCUUGUCAGUGUUAAGCAGUUUGCUUAUCGUUGUUGCCUUUGCGCUUUCAAUUAUCUACUGGAAACUUGGGGGUACCUUUCACUUUACUGUUAUUAUAAUAAUAAUUUUUCUUCUUAGUUCGCUAGAGUCCUUUUGUGUCAUCAGGUGUUUCGAGUAUGGUGACUCAAAGCUUUUAUUUUUGUUAAAGAUCUAUGGAGGACAUGCGAUAAGCUAUAUACUCUGCUGGAUUAUAAUUGGGAUUAGGAUAAAUCCCACAUGGGGGUUAACUAUUGCUCUUCUUGUUUUCUCUUUUUCCGCUUCUGUCACUUAUGCAAAGUAUAUUUACCUUGAAGAAUUCCCCAAUGGUAAUUGCUACAGUACUGGCUGCUGUACUACUACCAAUAGUUCUACCACUGGUAUUGCUUCGAGUAACGGUAGUAAUUCUAACAAAAAUCCCACACAAGCCAAAGUCAUUUGUGUAGCUUAUUGUUUUGUUGUCCUGUUACUUUUUCUCGUAGUAAUUUUUGCAGGGCACUCAAGUAGUGGCAAGGAAAUGGCUGUAGAUGAAGUGCUUAAAGCCACCUCGUUGUACUUCAUCACUGCAUUUUUCUCAUGGGCUGCAUGGAAGAAGCAUGUUUCGGCUGAU